CCUCAAUCUUCUUAUUCCCCCAAACAAACAACACAACGGCUAAAAUCUUCUUCUCAACGAUGGGUCAGAACAACAAGGACGACAACAAGAAGUCCAAGGAAAAGAAAGGAUCGGCAAGCAACAACAAAGGUGGAGGAGACGGUGAAACUGUUCGUGGUCAAUCAGUCCAGGCAAAAGCUCAAAGCCCAGCUCGCAAGACGAUCGCAAAGAGGCAAAAGGCACCAACUUCGUCAAAGAAGGCAAAAAGUGGACGUCGUCGUUCUGUUAGCAGCGGAGGAAGUGCGAAAUUGAGAAAGCGCAAGCCAAAGCGCACAUUCAAUUAUUGUAUGGAUUUCUUCGACCGCAUUGCUUCUGAGGCUGGUGGACUCUCCCUCAUCAGUAAGAAACCAACUCUGUCUCUUCGAGAUAUGCAAAGUGCAACGAAAAUGGUUUUGCGUGGCGAGCUUUGUCUUCAUGCACUCAAUGAGGGCAAAAAGGCUGUGAAGAAGAUUGAGAUGGAAGGAAAGAUGAAGGCUAAAUGA